CCUCCUGCUUUUAUAGCAUCCAUUGGGCUGACUGAGGAUCAGAAGGAAUUCCAAAAAGUUGCCCUUGAUUUUGCUGCCAAGGAGAUGGCUCCUUACAUGGCUGAGUGGGAUGAAAAGGAAAUAUUCCCAGUGGAGACCAUGAGGAAGGCAGCCCAGCUGGGAUUCGGUGGGAUCUAUGUGAAACCAGAUGUUGGUGGCUCUGGAUUGUCACGACUUGACACCUCCAUCAUCUUUGAAGCUUUGUCAACAGGAUGUACCAGCACCACUGCUUACAUGAGCAUCCACAACAUGUGUGUGUGGAUGAUUGACACCUUUGGCAAUGAGGAACAGCGGCACAAGUUCUGCCCAUCACUCUGUAGCAUGGAAAAAUUUGCCUCUUACUGCCUGACUGAGCCAGGGAGUGGAAGUGAUGCAGCUUCCCUGCUGACCUCAGCUCAGAAGAAAGGGGACAACUACGUCCUGAAUGGCUCCAAGGCUUUCAUCAGUGGGGGAGGUGACACCGAUGUGUACGUGGUCAUGUGUCGCACAGGAGGUCCAGGCCCCAAGGGCAUCUCCUGCCUGGUGCUGGAGAAGGGGACACCAGGGCUCAGCUUUGGCAAGAAAGAGAAGAAGGUAGGCUGGAAUUCCCAACCAACUCGGGCUGUGAUCUUCGAGGACUGUGUUGUCCCUGUGGGCAACCGCCUGGGAGCUGAAGGGCAAGGCUUCAGCAUCGCCAUGCAGGGGCUGAACGGAGGCAGGAUAAACAUUGCUUCUUGUUCAUUAGGAGCUGCUCACGCCUCCGUCCUGCUGACUCAGGAGCACCUCACUGUCCGCAAACAGUUUGGGGAACCCCUGGCAAACAAUCAGUACCUGCAGUUCAGGCUGGCAGAGAUGGCCACGAGGCUGGUGGCAGCACGGCUGAUGGUUCGCAACGCCGCGCGGGCGCUGCAGGAGGGACGGGAGGACGCGGCCGUGCUCUGCUCCAUGGCCAAGCUCUUUGCCACCGAUGAAUGCUUCGUGAUCUGUAACCAGGCUCUGCAGAUGCACGGCGGCUACGGCUACCUGAAGGAUUACGCGGUGCAGCAGUUCGUGCGAGACGUCAGAGUCCACCAAAUCCUGGAAGGUACCAACGAGGUCAUGCGGAUGAUUGUGGCCAGGAGUCUGCUACAGGGCUGA